CCUCCUCCCUCCCUCUCUCUAGCUUGCUCUCUCUCUCUCUCUCUCUCUAUAGCUCUGUAACUUUGCUUCUUCUGCACAUAGCCUCGAUAUGUCUUUCUGGUGGAUUUACCCUGUCUUGGUCACUCUUUGCACCCUUUUUUAUUCCCAGGCUUUGAGGACCUACCCAUCAAAUGAAGUGACCUUGCUCGAUUCCAUGUCUGCCCUGGGAGACCUGGGAUGGGUGGCAUAUCCACAAGAAGGGUGGGAAGAAAUCAGUGUAAUGGAUGAAAGAAACACCCCAAUGAGAACGUACCAGGUUUGCAAUGUCUUAGAGGUCAACCAAAAUAACUGGCUGAGAACCAGUUGGAUCCCUAGAGGCAGUGCUCAACGUGUCUACAUCGAAAUCAAGUUUACCUUACGAGACUGUAACAGCCUACCUGGAGUAUCAGGCACCUGCAAAGAGACCUUUAACAUGUAUUACUAUGACUCUAACUACAGCAAUCUUCGUCACAUCCCAGAGAACCAGUUCAUUAAAAUAGACACUAUCGCUGCAGAUGAAAGUUUCACCCAAGUGGAUGUUGGAGACAGAGUCAUGAAGCUAAAUACAGAGGUUAGAGACAUAAGUAACUUGUACAAGAAGGGGUUCUAUUUAGCUUUCCAAGAUGUUGGAGCUUGUAUUGCCCUGGUCUCAGUCAGGGUAUUUUAUAAGAAAUGCCCAACUACGAUACGUAAUUUGGCCGUGUUUCCAGACACUGUUACUGGAGGAGACUCCGCUCUGGUGGAGGUUAAAGGAUCAUGUGUGAAUAACUCAGUGGAGUUUGAUGCACCCAAGAUGUACUGCAGUGCUGACGGAGGGUGGCUGGUGCCCAUUGGCCGAUGUUUUUGUAAGCUCGGCUAUGAAGAAAAGAAGAAUAGAUGUCAACCCUGCCUUCCUGGGUACUACAAGGCUUUGCUGACGGAUGCCCUUUGUACACUGUGCCCGCCUCACAGCUUCUCCCUUCUGGACGGCUCUGCUGAAUGCACGUGUGAAAAAGGCUUCUACAGGCCGGAGAUGGACCCCAAGUCUGCAACUUGUUCUCGUCCACCAUCUGCUCCACAUAACCCAAUAUCGACUGUCAAUGAGACAUCCGUCAUUAUGGAGUGGAGCCCCCCAGAGGACUCAGGAGGCCGUAAGGAUGUCACAUAUAACAUUCACUGCAGAAGGUGCCAACUGGAAGGACAGAAAUGUAGCCCAUGUGGAAGUGGGAUCCAUUAUAUACCACGGCAAUUUGGUUUGUCCCACCCUCGUGUGCUCAUCACAGAUCUGCUGCCUUACACCAACUAUACGUUUGAUAUUGAGGCUUUGAAUGGCGUCUCUGAGCUGAGCUCUGGGCCUAAGCAAUUCAUUUCAGUCAAUAUUACUACAAGUCAAGUAGUCAACGUAAUCCUGAAAGAACGAAAGAGCAAAGACAGCGUCACUUUGGCUUUUCAAGGACCAGAAAAGACUAAAAAUGUGGUGGUGGAAUACGAAGUAAUCUACUAUGAGAAGAAUCAAAAGGAGCAAAAUUAUACAAUAUUGAAAACCAAAUCAACUUUUAUGACUGUGGACGGCCUAAAACCUGGAACCACUUAUGUGUUCAGAGUCCGGGCUCACACAGUGGGUGGUCAAGGAAUUUAUGGGGGAGAAAUAGAAUUGGAAACAAGUACGGAAGAUAUGAUCGCCAUAACAGAUCCUAACCAGAUUACUAUUUUGGCUAUAUCUGUGGCUGGAGGGAUCAUUCUGCUCAUUUUCCUGGUGACCUGUUUCUUUGUCAGUGGAAGGCACUGUGGUUAUAUCAAAGCAAAGCAAGACCCAGACGAAGACAAGAUGCACUUCCAACAUGGAAGAGUGAAGCUGCCUGGGAGUAGAACCUAUAUCCACCCACACACAUAUGAGGAUCCCAACCAGGCCGUACGGGACUUUGCUAAAGAGAUUGAUGUCUCCAAUAUCCGUAUAGAGCGGGUGAUAGGUGCAGGGGAGUUUGGAGAAGUGUGCAGCGGACGACUGAAGCUACCCAGCAAAAGAGAAAUUUGUGUUGCUAUCAAGAGUCUAAAGGUUGGGUAUGCCGAGAAGCAGAGGCGAGACUUCCUAGGAGAAGCCAGUAUAAUGGGCCAAUUUGAUCAUCCGAACAUUAUAAGACUGGAAGGAGUGGUCACCAAAUGCAAGCCAGUCAUGAUAAUUACAGAGUAUAUGGAAAAUGGCUCCUUGGAUUCAUUUUUAAAGAAACAUGAUGGUCAGUUCACCGUGAUACAGCUAGUGGGAAUGCUACGAGGCAUUGCUUCCGGGAUGAAAUACUUAUCGGACAUGAAUUACGUCCACAGAGAUCUGGCUGCCAGAAAUAUCUUAGUCAAUAGCAAUUUGGUGUGCAAAGUCUCUGAUUUUGGCCUCUCUCGAGUCCUUGAGGAUGACCCUGAAGCGGCUUAUACUACAAGGGGAGGUAAAAUUCCGAUCCGGUGGACAGCACCAGAAGCUAUUGCCUACCGAAAAUUCACAUCAGCAAGUGAUGUGUGGAGUUAUGGCAUUGUGAUGUGGGAGGUCAUCUCAUAUGGAGAGAGGCCAUAUUGGGAAAUGUCCAACCAAGAUGUCAUUAAAGCGAUAGAUGAAGGGUACCGCCUGCCUCCCCCCAUGGACUGCCCUGUAGUGUUACAUCAGCUCAUGUUGGAUUGCUGGCAGAAGUGUAGAAGUGACCGACCCAAGUUUGGUCAAAUAGUUAAUAUUCUGGAUAAAUUCAUACGCUCGCCGAGCACCUUGAAUGAACUAGCGAACAGCUCAACCUGGCAAGACCCAAACAUGCAGGAAGCAUUUACAGUGACUAGUGUGGAAGAAUGGCUAGAGGCUAUCAAGAUGACCCAGUAUAUAGAACACUUCACAAUGGCCGGAUACGUGACCCUAGAUUCUGUCUUGUACCUUAGCAACAGUGAACUCACCAAAAUGGGCAUCACGUUAGCAGGCCAUCAGAAAAAAAUCCUAUCCAGCAUACAGAACCUCCAGGCAUUAGGAACGCAUGUGCAAAUCUAACGGCACCCUGGUGUUUAACACGUCCUGUAAAGGGAUGUACUGUGCACUACCGGAGGCAGUAUAAUCUAAGCUGUGGAUGUCACCGUUGACCUUCCAAUAAUACAACUACUGCAGGAAAUGAUACUCAAUCUCAAGGUAUAUAUAUGGGAACAACGUCCGACUUUGGCCUACGGUGCCUUUGGAUAGGUAUUUUGGAUGGAGAAAUAUCUAUGAAAACUACAAGCAACAUAACACAGUGUCAAAACUUUAGGCCGAGUGAUUGUUGAUGGUCAAAUAUAGUGGAAAUUGUCUGUGUUAAAGGCAGUGGUUUCAAGUAACAAUAUUUUCUAUGUUAUGGAAAAUGUUAUUGGACUGAUUAUGAUAGGGUCUCGAUUUUUUCCCACAAGGGUGAUGGCGAAUGGAUCCAAUCUACGUGAAUACUAUGAUGCUCCUUACAGAUAUUCCUGAGGGUAUAUACCGCCUAGGUCAUAAUUCUUCAGCAGGCAGAUGACACAACUAAACCUCUUCAUCCUCUGAACAUCCUAUCCAUUCAACCUAAUAGAAAUUGUAGCCAAUAAUUCAACCUCUCUCUGCCAGAAUGCUUUAGAAUUGCAUCUAUCUUGGCGUCUUCCUCAAUGAACAGUGCAUAGAUUCUGGUUUGUAGUCAUCACGUCUGCUCUGUCCAACCGCAUUGUCAUGAAACCCAAUAAAAUCUAUGUAGCAUUUGUAUUGCAUUGAUAGUCCAUUCCUUUACUAGUAGAAAGGAACCACGGUGCACAUGAAAAGAGGUCCUAUCAUCAAUGCAUUUUGCGUACGGUUGUGUUUGUCAAGUUGCAAGGAUAUCUCAGCUCUUCGCAAAGCCUUUGUGAUUGAUUGUCUAAGUUUCAGUGCUUCCAUUUUCUACCCACGUCCAUAGAUGGGGAAUUCGACAAAUUUCAAACCCGGCUCGUGUCAUAGAAAGGUUGCAGUUUUUAUUUAUUUAUUUAUUUGCCUUUGUGGCAAAGUUUUAUUUUUCAUAAACAAAAAAGUGCCAGGGUUUGUGCGUCCAGAAAAAUGAUAAAGUAUUGUGUGACCAGCUGCAGCGACAUUGUUUUGUUUGUGACUCCGUCCUGUCCAUGGAAAUGAAAUUCGAAUUUGUACAUAUAUGUAGAGGAAGUCUGUAAAGCUAAUACAUUGUAGCACAGCUCUCCUUUGUUGUACACAAUGUUGUGUUCAUUUUGUGUGCCAUAAGUAAGCGUUGUGUCCUCGAUGACCUCCAUGGAAGCGUCGAUUGCAGGAUACAACCUUUCCACCUAAAUGCAGUAGAUCAGAAUCUGUCCCAUGCUCCCCCACACCAACUGAAGAACUGUUAGCAUCAAACCCAGAGCCAAAAAGUUC